GUGGAUUCGUCCUUGAUCCGUUUUGUCCGUUUUAUAACCGUGCUUGUCCAGCGUUUCUUUGUCUUUGUGAGAAAAGCAAAGGAGUUUUUAUUUGUGUGCUGGUGGCCAAGAAGCCUUCAAAGAGCAUCUCAGCACUCAAAGCACUCGGCUGCCUUGUGAUGGCAUCACGUGGCGUUGCUGGAAAUGAUGCGGGACGAUGAAGCCUAUAAAAGGGACGUCACCGUCAGACACUCACUCUACUUCCGCCUGGAAGAGACCGACAUCUCCGUUCUUCACGACCGAUCAUCCAACCGUCCUUCCUUCUUCCAGCCCGUUUGGUUCUGAGACGACUCUUCAGCGGACAAGAUGAGAAUGAUCCUUCUGCUGGUGCAGCUGGCCACCUGCUGUGCCAUCGGCUCAGAUCUUCAGUGCCAUUCAUGUAAUCUUGAAGGGCCCAACGCUGGCAGCUGGGACUGGGUUAAUACAUGUAAACUCACCAGAUGUAAUAAAGGAGAGCAGUGCUUUGUCACCAAAGAGCAGAAUACAGGCAACUACCAGGUGGGCUGCAAGGCUGCUUGUAAAGCUGAUGAUAACACUAAGUGCUGUAACAACGCUGAUGGAUGCAACAACUGGCUGGACGUGUCUGCUGCACCAGCAUGGAAGAAUCUGGAGGCCAUCAAGGCAGCUUGCGACUUCAGCAACAACCAGAACAACCUGAAAGGCUGCGUGGAAGCCAUCUCCUCCACCAAGACUCUCAAGUGCUAUUCAUGCCCUACUCCCCUUGGAUCGGACUACUUCACCCUCGACAAAUGGGACUUGAGUGCUAAAUGUACCCUCACCCAAUGUGCAGCAGGAGAGCAGUGCUUCGUCACCAAAGACUCAGGUGCAGGCACCUACCAGGUGGGCUGCAAGGCCAAUUGUGAAGGUGAUGCUAACACUAAGUGCUGUGACUCUGAUGGAUGCAACAACUGGCUGGACGUGGCUGAUGCAAAGCAACAACCUGCUGUCAAGACAGAAUGCACCAAUGACAACACCAAGACUCUCAAACAGUGCGUGGAUGCCAUCAUCAAGACCAAGACUCCCAAGUGCUAUUCAUGCUCUCCUGACAUUGGAGCGAACUACUUCAGCAACGACUGGAAUUGGGCUGAUACAUGCAAACUCACCUCCAACCCAUGUCCAGCAGAAGAGCAGUGCUCCAUCACUAAAGUGUCAGGCACCUACCAGGUGGGCUGCAAGGGUGCUUGUGAAGAAGAUGCUAACACUAAGUGCUGUGAUGCUAAUGGAUGCAACAACUGGCUGGACGAGGCUGCUGCUGCAUGGAAGAAGGUGGAGGCCAUCAAGGCAGCUUGCAACUCCUCCAGCAACAACGUGAAAGACUGCCUGGACGCCAUCGACCCAACCUGGAAGGCCAACGUCACCAGUGGUGGGGGGGGGCUGGCUGGUGCUUUGGGCCUGCCUUUGGUCUUGGCCAUCAGCGUGAUUGUGUUGGUGGUACUGGGCUAACCCCCCAUGCAGCCCCCCCUUCCCCCCCAGCCAUCAGCGUGAUGGUGUUGGUGGUACUGGGCUAACCCCCCCAUGCAGCCCCCCCUUCCCCCCCAGCCAUCAGCGUGAUUGUGUUGGUGGUACUGGGCUAACCCCCCAUGCAGCCCCCCCUUCCCCCCCAGCCAUCAGCGUGAUUGUGUUGGUGGUACUGGGCUAACCCCCCCCUUUUCCUCGUUCACAUGAAAAGGCUAAAAAAAGAAAAGAAAUAAUCCAACAAAGCAACUUUCCAUCAACCUGACCUGAUGUGAUGUUUGCACCCCCCCACAUGACCAGCCCCUCCCUUGCUGUUACACUCGGGGGUGUCGCAUGUGCGGCCCCGGGGCCCAUGAAGGUCUUAAUAUGAGCAAAGUGUCAUUCAUUGUCAUCAAAUUGGGGGGGGCACAAGAAAUUGUUAGACGGGAAGAAAAUGUCAGAAGAAAGUUGAAGUGGUUGGAAAAUAAAAAUAAAACCAAUAAAAAGCUGUGAUGUGCAAAUGAACGAGUUGUUAAACGUCAUGAAUGCAUGAUUGUACAAUGAAUGCAUGAUUGUACAAUGAAUGCAUGGUUGUACAGUGAAUGCAUGGUUGUACAAUGAAUGCAUGGUUGUACAAUGAAUGCAUGAUUGGACAAUGAAUGCAUGAUUGGACAAUGAAUGCAUGAUUGUACAAUGAAUGAAACCACAAGUAUCAUUCUUGUCCAAAAGGAUGGAAAAGGCAACAUGAGAAGGAAAUGAACAAGAUGACUUUAAUGACUGGAAAACAUCAUUUUCAUCAAUAAACUCA